AUGGCAACGUCAACUUUCCCACCCAUGGAACCUGCAGCAGGCGUUGAGACACGAUUGGAACCCUCCUCUCGGGGCGAACUACGCAGCUCCUGUGAUUUGUGCUAUACAUCCAAAGUCCGAUGCCCCCGGGAAAAGCCAACCUGCGCCCGCUGUGAUAAAAUCGGGGUCCGUUGCACAUAUAGUCCUACCAAGCGGCCAGGGCGGCCACGGCGGCCACGGCGACGGGCUCCUUCGGAGGCUGCUACGACGGCAGCGAAGAGAAAGCCAUCAGCGACAUACGCUCCAUACGUGUCUUCCAACCAAGGGCUGGACCAACCACUUGGUGAUGAGUCCAGCACCACACCCCCGUUACCCUCCUAUGACCCCGUCAUCUUCCCCGCCUUCGAUCUCUCCUAUGCACCUUCCGUCCAGUCGUCCGCAGACAUUGCAGGUGGCUUGUGGGACAAGGUAUUAAGAGACACCAGCUUGGAGGUGUCGAUCAAUCCGGGGUUGGAAACUGCUGGGGUACCUCCGGGCGCAGCGACAAAUGCCGAACUGUUGCCGAGCGAGUUACCUCUCACUCCCUUGACUAAUGAAAGUAUCCCGCUUCUUCCGGAUGACCCUAUCAUUCGGACCUCAAUCGAGGACGUCUGGUCCGCCCGUAUGGAGUGGACCCGAGAGGAAGAUGCAAUAGUCGUGGAUUCAUCAGGUGGACCAGCAUCCAGUUCCGGGGAGCGACAGACGAGUCCUGGAGCUUCGACCCCAUCCCCGCUAGGCUUCGAUCAGUUUAUCGAGCAGUGUAAGAUGGUCAGACACCUGACUUCGUCGACCACUGGCCCGCUCACGCUCCUUGCGAGUCAGGCAGACAUUGGGAUGGACCAGACGCCCGACACGACGACCACCAGCAGUAGCAGCAGCAGCGUUAGCACCAAUAUGCAGUGUCUCUGCCACGUUGCUCUAUUCAACCUCCUAUGCUACAGGCACAAACUGGGUCAGUUGCGGCCCGAGCGAUUGCUGGAGACCUGUCUUCAUGUCCAGCGAAUCCUCCACUGGACCUCGACCUUGCACAGAGAGUGCCUCAUCUGUCGGGACGAUAUGGUAGCCAUACUGAACGUCACCUGCAUUGCCCGUCAGAUCGCGCAGGUCUACUGCAGCAUUAUAGCUGGCCAAGUGCAAGAGCGAUACAGUCAAGGAAACAGACCUGCGUGUUCAUCGUCUCCCAUCGAGUCGACCAGAUUGAGUCUGGGCUCCAAGGUUAUCCAGGGGCCCUCCAAAUUAAAUGCCUUAUCCCGCUUGAUUGGCCUGAAGCUGCGGCAGAUGAGGGAUCUUCUCCAGGGCUUUCAAACCAGCAUGUGCAGGGAGCCAAUGUCAGAAAUUACGGAAUCCAUCCAGCUCGUGAUCACGGGGGCUCUGGAGCGGAUCAGUGUCGCGAUGGGGGUGCUUUCGACAUUGAAAUAA